AUGGGUGUUAAUUCUCACCAGUCUUCGGCUGCCCCAUUCGCUGCGGAUGAAUCCACAACCAGCUCAGUACAACUACCUGCAACUGAGCCCGAAACUUUAUUACCACAAGACGAUGCGCCGCUGAAUCGUGCCGCCCUGCCGAACAGAGAGAUUGCGCUCUGGCGCCGGAUAUUAGGCCAGAAAGCAACCGGCGAUACUCUCCAACAUGAGCCGCUACCCAUCACGAACCUGAAUGAGAAUAUCGUUGGGUGGGACGGCGAGCAGGAUCCCGCUAUGCCUUUCAACUUCUCGGCAACCCAGAAAUGGACUUGGGUCUGGCUUCUCUCAGCCGUAACGUUCGUCACGCCGUUUUCAUCGUCGAUCCUCUCCCCAGCAAUUCACCAGCUGCUCUUAGAAUUUGGCGUUGGAAGUGCAACUGUCGGCUCCAUGACAGUGAGCAUCUUCCUUCUGGGGUAUGCUAUUGGGCCCAUCUUCAUCGCGCCGUUGUCCGAAAUCUAUGGAAGACAUCCAGUCUUGAUUAUUUUCAAUUCCUUCUUCUGCGUUUGGCAAAUCGGAUGUGCCCUUGCACCAAAUAUUGAAACCCUGAUUAUUGCACGUUUCUUCAGCGGCCUUGGUGGUGCCGCCUGUUUGACCCUUGGAGGCAGUAUCAUUGGAGACCUGUUUCGCCCAGAGCAGCGAGGCUUUGCUAUUGGAAUCUGGAAUAUUGGUCCAUUACUCGGCCCUAGUAUUGGUCCAUUACUAGGAGGUUUUGUCACGAAAACUAUUGGCUGGCGUUGGGACUUUUGGAUUGUCCUCAUUCUUGCAGUGCCAGUCACGGUCUUGACAGCCCUGCUGACAAAAGAAACCAGCCACAAAGUGCUCAUGCAUCGGAAAACCAUGCGUCUUCGAAAAGAGCUCAACGUUCCGAUCCUUAAAAGCUGCUAUGACCACUCAGAUGAAAAAUCGGCAUUGGAAGCCAUUUGCACCGGACUCGUGCGUCCGAUUAAGAUGCUGGUCUUCUCACCACUAGUGUUCUUUUUAUCCCUCUACAUUGCCUUUGUGUUCGGUGUUGUGUAUCUACUUUACACGACCAUCCCAUCCGUCUUCAUGGAACAGUAUGCAUUUGAUACAGAUCAUAUUGGACUGAUCUACCUUGCCCUCGGACUCGGAAAUAUCCUUGGUUGGCUCGUCAAUACCUUGUUUUCAGACAGGGUCGUUGUCAAGCUAUCACUGGCUAAUAAAGGAGUAUUUGAGCCCGAAAUGCGUCUUUUAACCAGCGUCUAUUUUGGCAUAUUCCUUCCCGUCACAUUGUUCUGGUAUGGAUGGAGUGCAUACUACAAUGUCCACGUUGCCUCCACUAUCAUCUCCCUCAUUCCAUACGGAUUUGGUAUCAUGGGUUUGUUCUUGCCCCUCACCACCUACAUUGUCGAUUGCUACCCAUUGUAUGCCGCGUCUGCUAUUGCUGCAAAUGUCAUACUUCGCAGUGUUGCAAGACCUCGUAACGCCUUCGUCGCUGCCCGCCUGCGCCGUGCUCGCGACCUUCUUUUACUCUUCACUACAAAGCGUAUGCUCAACCGCCUCGCAUUGACAAUGGCGGCGACUGCUACUGCAUCGGCCGCCAUGGCUCAAUCGGCAGUGGACCCAGACCUGGAGGACAGCAACGUUUCGAGCCCUCUCACUGAGGUUGACGAAAAGGACGACAACGACGACGAUAUUGACCGCAUGCAAAUCGAUGGCGACAACUCCAGCCUUAGCGGUGACGAGAACGCGGCCGAAGAUGACCACUCCGACUCCGCCAGCGUCCUCUCUGACUCCGGGUCUGACGCCAACUCCGAGGGCAACGACACUGAGGCCGAGACAGAGCGCCUUUUUGAUACACCCAGAAAUCAGCGCCAGCGAGACGUUGUCGUCGAUCAAUACAAUAACGGCCAAGUCUUCGAACACACACCAAGCAAGCUCCGCCGGGCGGCCAAGCCUGAAGACAAGGACGAUGACCAUGACGAUGAGAACGCCGACCGCGAGUCUGUCUCUGGCGACGAGGGCUCCGGUGCCUCGAGCGCCGAAGAUGCGGACAAAACACCUACACAAUCCGUCAGCAAGACAAAGGCGCCGAACGUCGACGCCUCCAGCUCUGACUCGCAAGACCGCAAGCGCAAGCGGUCGCCAGUGGCAGAUCAAUUCGAGGCCGAGCAGCCUCAGAAAAAGCGAAGCGGCUCCGUCGACGCCACGUCAAUUCAGGACCUGGCGCUGAAUACUGUCGAAAAGCCUGCGACCAACGCCGACAGCGCUAAUUUGUCUGAUGCUGACGACGAUGAACACAAUCGUGACACUGGCACCGAAGGAGAUGCGCAAGAGCACUCCUCACGUUCUUCCCUAUCAUCCAGAAAAAGCACUCGAAACGGCCGUGGAAGCAAGGACGAUGUCAAGAAUGAGGUAGACGACACUGGUGCCGAUGCCGCCACGGAAACAGCCGGUGAGGAGGGCACAGAUCAUCAUGAAGACGAGCCUGAGGCCGAAGUUGAAGCUGAAGACGAAGACGAAGCCGAUAUCGCGGCCAAAAACCAAGAAGAGAUGGAGCGAAAACAAGCUGCGUUCAAAGCGUGGUCGCGUAUCGAAGAAAUGUUUGGCAUUUUUCGAGAUAGACUUUACUCGGAAAAGCUCCAACGCGUCGAGGAGGAAGAGCAGUCUCUGCUCGCCGACGUGCCGACCCAUCGCGAAUAUCUUAACAUGAAACAAUGCCUCGAUGACCGACUCAAUCAGAGGCUGCAACAAGUCAAUACCGAGUUCGACUUUCAACUCAAGGCGAACGAGCGCUGGGCUGUGGCGCAGCGAGCCCAAAUAUGGAGCCAGUUUUUCCAGGCUGUCCGAGAAAAGCGAGAGCAAACUCUGGAGAGCCUAAACAAGCAGUGGUACGAUGUUCAAACUGCCAGACGGAACGCACACAGUCUUCAGGAUUAUGGAAUUCUUUUCCCCAAAGAUCCAACUCAGAGGCUUCGAAAUGCCAUUGCCUACAACAGCGAGGUGUCCACGCUGGCAGGCAUGGCCAAGUAUGAAGGCUUCCCGGCCGGGCCAGAGAUGAAAGGGGCUUCCGCCCUGGAACUAAAGUCGGAUUUGAGCGCAAUGGAGCGAACCAGACGCGGCCGUCAAAAGUCGAGCGCCUUUCAGCAACGAGACGAUUAUCAAUCACCCAAUAUCAACCAAAUAGGGCCCGCAGGGGAACAAUUUCUCAAAGACACGCCGUGGGCGAAUCCGAACCAUUCGUCACAUAAAAUGGCGCGGCAAGGAACGGCGCACGAGGAGAAUCGCGUUGUUCCUCAAGGCCCAAUCUUCCAAAAUGAACAUCCAGCCUCGUCAUUUAAAUCACCAGCGCUCUCAACACGGCUUUCAGAGUCACCAGAGAUGUCGCGAUCAAUACUCAAACCCUCGACGCAUCAAAUGAAGCGCGUAGCCAGCGUCCCAAGCGCCAACAGGACCUCCAAGGCAACUGCAGCUUGA